AUGACUUCUUUCUCACUAAUUUCCAAGCUAACCCUUAAAAAUUUAAAUAAAAAAACUACACUUUAUGUUUGGGUUAUUAACAUUAAUGAAAAAGGCAAUUCAUUGUGGUUCAUUACUGGUCAGGACAGUAGUGGUUGUAUCCAAAUUGUAGUUAAAAAUAAAGAAUUAAUUUCACAACUAAAAGACAUAAAAAAAGGCGAUUUGUUAAAAAUAGGAGGUAUCAUUAAAAUAAAAAAAGGCGAAAAAGUCUCAAAGAAAGAAGCAGAAUUAGAAAUUGAAUUGACUAAAUUUCAAUUAAUUAAUGCUAAUAGUUCUAAUAAAGAUCUUCCCUUUCCCUUUGUUAAUGUUAAAGAGGAUAAUAAAUAUCGCUAUCGUUAUUUAGAUUUGCGCAAUUCUAGUAGUAAGAAAUUACUGCUUAUUAAAAAUAAAUUUUGUUAUGAAUUAAGAAAUUUUUUUCACAAAAAGGGGUUUAUUGACAUCGAAACCCCAAUUUUGUCUCAAAGUUCCCCCGAAGGUGCUAAAUGUUUUGUAGUUCCUUCCAAUCUUAAAGGUCGUUAUUAUACUUUGCCUCAAUCACCCCAAGUUUUUAAGCAGUUAUUAAUGGUUGGCGGUCUGGGAAAAUAUUAUCAAAUUGCUAAAUCUUUCCGGAAUGAGGAUGCCCGUAGUAAUCGGCAAAUUGAAUUUUCUCAAUUAGAUUUAGAGUUAAGUUUUACUUCAGUAAAAGAAAUUAAAAAACUGGUUGAAAAGUUUCUCAAAACGGUUUUAAAAAAAACUUUUGGCUACCAAAUAAAAACUCCUUUUCUCGCUUUAACCUACCAAGAAUAUAACCAAGAAACUAAAAAAUAUGAAACCUUCCGGCAUCCUUUCACUAUUCCACAAAAAAAGUAUAUUAAACCUUUGCUGAAUAACCAAGUUAAACCAGAAAAAGUAAUUUGCGAGGCUUUUGAUUUAGUUCUGAAUGGGGAGGAAAUACUAAGCGGCAGUAUCCGGAUUCACCAUGCCGAAUUACAAUCCAAGGUAUUGGAAAUAUUAGGGUAUAACCAAGAGCAAAGAGUAAAAAAUUUUGGUUAUUUUUUACAAGCCUUAGAAUUUGCCGCACCCCCACACGGAGGAAUCGGCCUUGGAAUUGACCGCCUAUUAGCCACCAUUUUACAAGUCAAAAGUUUAAAAGAACUAAUUGCAUUUCCUAAAAAUAUUGAUGGCACCUGUUCUUUAACCGGAACUCCUGAUCUGAUAGCGGAUUCUCUUUAA